CUCAGACUCGGAGGCGGCUGCCCGGCAUCGGCACGAAGCGAGUCCAGGCGGAGCGCGGCACCCAGCGGCCGCUGAGGCCGGGCCGGCAGCAGUAGCAACCGCCGUAGCAGUGCCGGAGGGAGCUUCUCCUGGCUCGGCUCCACUGUGCCGGUGACCUUCCCGGGGCUGCUCACUGCCCGCCAGGCCGGGGCAGGGCAGGGCCUCCUCUCCCCGCGGAGAGUGUACACCAGGCCCUGGGGAGAGGACAGGAGGCCGGGCCGGAAUCCCCUGUCGCCCCCGGGUCCUUCUGGCCGCCGGCGGGGCCUGUGCGCGGCGUAGCUCGCCGCCGGAGAGAGGGACAGGGGAAAGCGAACGGGACGGACGGAGCCGGGCUGCACCUCAGGACAGCGCGAAGCAGGGACCAGGCAGGCCCCGGAGAGAGAGCUGGGCGGAGGGGGAAGCAGCCACCUCAGCGGCGCAUCCCAGGAAGAGUGGGGACCUCCCCGCCGCCCUCCUUUUCCUCCUCCUCCGGCCAUCAGCAGCUCCUCGUCCCGCGCAGAGUGGAAUCGCCCGUGCCGCCCCGACUGGGACCUGCCGACUGACACCUCCGGAGCGCCGGGCUGCGGGGACAGAGCUGGAACUGCCCGCCUGGAGCGAAGGAGGGGGAACAUUCUCUUGCCUGCGCGGACUGGCGGACGCUGAGCGCCCGUCCCGGCGGCCCGGGAGCCACCCGGGGAAGGUGUCCUGUGACGGCCCUUGAUCAGCAAGGCUGCAAGUCAUGUAGAAGCCACAGUAACUGCAGAGUCUCUGAUGGAUAAUUGGAUUGGGAGUAAUAUGUGGGAGGCUGUGGACUACUUGCUUCCAACAUAGGAACAGCACUGGGUUGGGAAUCUGCACUCCUGAGAGAAUGCUGGGAAUCUGCAGAGGGCGACGGAAAUUCCUGGCUGCCUCUCUGACUGCUCUUUUUGUGCCAGCUGUUACAUGGAUUUAUCUGUUUGCUGGGAGUUUUGAAGAUGGGAAGCCAGUGUCGCUGUCUCCACUUGAAUCCCAGCCCCACAGUCCUCGGUACACGGCGUCGAGCCAGCGGGAGCGUGAGAGCUUGGAAGUCCGCAUGCGAGAGGUGGAGGAGGAGAACCGUGUGCUUCGCAAGCAGCUCAGCCUGGCACAGAGUCGCAGCCCCUCGCACCACCACGGCAAUCACUCCAAAACCUACUCCAUGGAAGAAGGAACAGGCGACAGCGAGAGCCUGCGGGCUGGCAUUGUGGCAGGGAACAGCUCUGAGUGUGGGCAGCAACCAGCAGUGGAAAAAUGUGAGACCAUCCAUGUUGCCAUUGUUUGUGCAGGGUACAAUGCCAGUCGGGAUGUUGUCACACUUGUCAAGUCUGUCUUAUUUCACAGACGAAACCCACUCCACUUCCACCUCAUCGCAGAUUCAAUUGCCAAACAGAUCCUGGCGACUCUGUUCCAGACUUGGAUGGUCCCCGCUGUGCGCAUAGACUUCUAUGACGCGGAUGAGCUCAAGUCGGAAGUGUCUUGGAUCCCCAACAAACACUACUCUGGGAUUUAUGGGCUGAUGAAGUUGGUUCUGACUAAGACGCUACCUUCCAAUCUUGAGCGAGUCAUUGUCCUCGACACAGACAUAACGUUUGCCACUGACAUUGCUGAGCUAUGGGCCGUCUUUCACAAGUUCAAAGGGCAGCAGGUUCUUGGCUUGGUGGAGAACCAGAGUGAUUGGUAUUUGGGCAACCUUUGGAAGAAUCAUCGUCCUUGGCCAGCACUUGGGAGGGGCUAUAACACAGGGGUUAUCUUGCUGCUUCUUGAUAAGUUAAGGAAGAUGAAAUGGGAGCAGAUGUGGAGACUCACAGCAGAGCGGGAGUUAAUGAGCAUGUUAUCCACUUCACUGGCUGACCAGGAUAUCUUCAAUGCAGUCAUCAAACAAAAUCCAUUCCUUGUCUACCAGCUCCCAUGUUUCUGGAAUGUGCAGCUGUCUGAUCACACUCGUUCGGAGCAGUGCUACAGAGAUGUGUCUGACCUGAAGGUGAUUCACUGGAACUCACCAAAGAAGCUGCGAGUGAAAAACAAGCACGUGGAGUUUUUCCGCAACCUCUACCUGACAUUCCUGGAAUAUGAUGGGAAUUUACUGAGACGGGAACUCUUUGGCUGCCCCAGUGAGACAGAUGUUAACAGUGAGAAUCUCCAGAAACAGCUGUCUGAGCUGGAUGAGGAUGACUUAUGCUAUGAAUUUCGUCGAGAACGUUUCACCGUCCAUCGCACUCAUUUGUAUUUCCUACAUUAUGAAUAUGAGCCUGCUUCAGACAAUACUGAUGUAACACUAGUGGCUCAACUUUCAAUGGACAGGCUCCAGAUGCUUGAGGCCAUCUGCAAACACUGGGAAGGUCCAAUCAGCUUGGCUCUCUAUCUUUCUGAUGCGGAAGCCCAGCAAUUUCUGCGCUACGCCCAGGGCUCCGAAGUACUUAUGAGCCGCCACAACGUGGGCUACCAUAUCGUGUACAAGGAGGGCCAGUUCUAUCCUGUGAACCUGCUGAGGAAUGUGGCCAUGAAGCACAUCAGCACACCAUACAUGUUUCUGUCCGACAUUGACUUCUUACCCAUGUAUGGACUUUACGAGUACCUCAGGAAGUCUGUCAUCCAGCUCGACCUGGCUAACACCAAGAAAGCUCUGAUUGUACCUGCUUUUGAGACCCUCCGCUACCGCCUCUCCUUCCCCAAGUCAAAAGCAGAGCUGCUAUCUAUGCUGGACAUGGGAACCCUCUUCACAUUCAGGUACCACGUCUGGACGAAAGGGCACGCGCCAACAAACUUUGCCAAGUGGCGCACAGCCACCACUCCCUACCGCGUUGAGUGGGAAGCAGACUUUGAGCCAUACGUUGUUGUGAGGAAGGACUGCCCGGAGUAUGACAGGCGGUUUGUUGGAUUUGGCUGGAACAAAGUAGCUCACAUCAUGGAACUGGAUGCACAGGAGUACGAGUUCACGGUGCUGCCCAACGCCUACAUGAUCCACAUGCCGCACGCCCCCAGCUUUGACAUCACCAAGUUCCGCUCCAACAAGCAAUACCGCAUCUGUCUCAAGACCCUGAAGGAGGAGUUCCAGCAGGAUAUGUCACGCCACUAUGGCUUUGCAGCCCUCAAAUAUCUCACGGCAGAGAACAACAGCUAGCACAGCAGAGCCUCUGUGUGGGAAACAGGGACGCCGGAGGGAGGAGUCGCUCAGUGUUUGGGGCCACGUCUUCAAACUUCGAACUGAGAAAUACUUUCUGUUUUUAUAUCACACUCAGCAGUUCUAACAGUAGAAAUUCGAAGUGACAUGUCUUCAGACUGUGCUCAUUUGUCCCUUCCCCAACUACUCCAGGCCUUUCAGCUUUAGCGUUUGCGAGGUGUCAGCGAGAGGGGCUGGCCAUGCACCCACCGUGCCACCAGAGGUGGGAACUGGGCAGGGGCUGGAAAUGCACUCUGCUGUCUUAAAUGCAGAGCAAAGACAGACCUUUGCAGUGUAGGAUUUCAUGUUGCUAUUUAAUAAUUUGACAUGCUUUUUAUCUGUAAAGGAAGAUCUUCGGGUCGCUGUCCUGUGAAUUUCAAAUCUGCACUACUCUAAAAGGGAACUUUGCCCUGUGAACUUUCACAGGGGCCCUGUUAACAUGGAUGACCUUGUUAAUGCAGGAUGAGCCAAAGGUCUGAAUCAGCCUUGAAAAUGAAGGGGACGCUUAUCCAAUACUACACUUCAGAGAAGUUGUUUCACUGGUUUAGGUGUAUACAUGAUAUUGGUUGGUCUUUUAUUCUCAAAUUAGUUGUUUUAUCAGGAAAAUCCCCUAUACCCCACCCUGCCUUUUCCCCAGUUCUAAAUGCUGCUCCUUUCCUUGCUAAGGAAAUGUCUCCCUUGUGUUUCUUUCCCAUCUUCAGUUCUGGUGGUCCAGUAAAGAAGAUCAGUAGCUCUGCCAGAAAGUGAACAAAACUUGUCAGUGUAAGGUCUGUUUUCACCAGAGCAACUUGUUUGUGUGUGUGUCUCAUAAAAUAAAGGGCCUGGCUGUAACUCUGUCUUUUUUAGGCAAGAGUUGGAUUCUGCCUGUAAGGCACUGUGUGGGGGAUAUCAAUUUGUAGGCUCUUUUCUUAGUCCAUGCCCAUCCAUGGAGGCACUGGGCCUUGGGCUUUACGAGGACUUCUUUGCUGAACAGGGAAUAUAAACUCAUCAACUAGUAGCCUUGGUGCUCUCCUGCUGCCUGCUGCAAGGUCUCAGAACUACUUCGUUAAAGGAGUUUAUAAUUAAAAGGAGCAAAACUGUCAGGAAUAAACUCCCCAUUCGAGGGGGAGAAAAGAAUGUGUUGGGAAUCUGAGUGUGAGUGUUUGCUUGAAUGUGGGCUGCUCACGUUCACAACUUCGGUACACACAGGAGUAUGCUGGAGGGCGAACAGGAAACUUAACAAGCAAAAUGCAGAAUACAAGACACUGGACUUUUUACCAUUUUCUUUAUUCUUCAGUAUUAAUGUUGUGUUUACAUGGGAUGAAGAGGUGAGGUUUAAUGCACUAUCCCCUUGCAGGGCUAUUUGUAAUUUCUGUUGCAGUGUUAAUAGAGAAAGCAGAAACAAUUCAGUGAGAAAUGCAUCUGUCUCCCUGCCCCCAGAUCCCCACGUGUACCAC